AUGGAGGACGAACUGGUGAACUCGGCGUUGGAGGAAUUGAUGGGCAUAAAAUUAGUGCAAGUCACUGCGAAAGUCAAAGCGACAUACGACUUCAAUACAAGUGACCAUACACCAAUGGAAGCAAAAGUGGAAAUAGCAGUGGCAGGGCCCCUAGAAAAAAAGCAGGAGAAGAUAAAAGCCCUUCGCAACCGUACACACUUUGGAUGCAAUGGCAUUAUCAGGAAGAACUUCACAAAAGGACAUGAUAGGAUGGAAAUCAUAUGUUUAUAUAGGACUGGAAACAAUUUAGAAAUAAUUAACCAUAAGCGAGAAUGA